UCUGUGGAAAAUCAUUUGCUUUAAAUUUGAGGUUAUGUUAUUUUAAUAAAGUUUCAAGAAACUGUAAAAAUGAAUCAACAAUUGCUUAAAAUAUUUUCUCCGUUACACUUUUUCAAACGUUCUAAAGGUUACAGACAUCCUGGAGGUGUUCGCUAUCCCGGUGGAAUUAAGUAUUAUCCAAGGGAUGAAAAUUAUGUGGAACCAGAUAUUACACCUUCAAAACUCUUCAGAGUUGAGCGUAUUAAGCCAGUGAAAAAUAAUUCAUGGAGAUUAAAAACCAUUCUUAAAGAACUUAAGAUUGAUGAGGAGGAACGAGUCACAAUUGUGAAGAAUAUACCAGAAGUAAAUGCAAGAUUGUGGAAGAUAAAGCAUUUGAUAAAAGUUACACCAAUUACAUUUCCAUAUGGUGAACCUUCAAAAGAUGACAUAAAGCACACUUUAUUGAAAGAAAAUGGGGAAUGUAUUGUAAUCAAACAAUUGGAACCAAACCCAAAAGCAAUUGAAGCAUUGGAUAAAUUUGAUUCAAAUCCUAAAAAGAUGGAUUCAACAACAAUUAAACUAGAUUCAAGACUAAAAUGGGUUAAUCCAUUGGGAGGUGGUUUCUAAGUAGAUACAUUUGUUGAUAGCAUGCAAUUAUUUAAUAGAUUAAAAUACAUUUAUGAGUAGUAA